UUGAGUGGACAAGUCAUCAACUUGUCAUGUGCUUGUUAUUGCACAAGUUAAGAAAAACAUUUCAUUAUCUCUCCAGCAACAGCAGCAAGUCAGGCAGUCAGCCGACUCAUGAAAAGUAAACCGAGAAGCAGAGAUUACACAAUUCAAUCAAUCUGUAGUAACAGCGGUUAUCAAUCUCAUCUAAAGAACUGAGUCAAGUGAUGAAGUGGAAUAUUAGUUUGAAAAAUAAGAACUGUGUCAGUGUUUAAUUAGUUCUAGUCUCCAGGAGGUGAAUAAUCCAGUUGUUGUUCCAGCAGUGCCAGAUACUUGAUUAAUUUUGUCUUUCAACAUAAUCAUCAUCCCCACAGUAGAUUUGAAAAAUGGCGACUGUCGUCAAGUUCUACAGGACCCCGGGGCUGAGUCCUCACAUUGAGAAUGACAAGUUGAAGGCGAUUGAGAAGCACAGUCCCCUUCGGAUCGAGGGUAUGGAAACUGAGUCGACUUUUUAUGUCGAAACUCAGAGUCGUCUCACGGACAAGGAGAUCCUCCAAAUCCGGUGGGUGUUGGCUCCAGUGCUCAACCCGGACGUUCUCACCGACGUCUCUCGCUUCCCACUCAAGGGGGACAAGAACCAUUUGAUUAUCGAAAUUGGCCCAAGGUUGAACUUCUCCACGGCUUUCUCCACCAAUGCGGUCUCCAUCUUUAAUGCCGUGGGUCUCAAGAAGAUCACCCGUCUCGAAAUCUCUACCCGUUAUGUGAUCCGUUUCGAGGAUACUCCAACCACACCGGAGACGCUGGCGAAAAUUGAGGGGAAGGUGGUGGGAGCUCUGCACGACAGGAUGACUCAGUGCCGAUAUUUGGAGCCGUUACAGAGCUUUGCGUUGGACAAGAAGCCCGAGCCAUGGUUUGAAGUGGAUAUCAUGGGAAAGGGACGGGCUGCUCUGGAGAAAGUUAAUGAUCAACUGGGGCUGGCAUUUGAUAACUGGGAUCUGGACUACUACACCGAGCUUUUCAAGAAUAAGCUCAAGAGGAAUCCCACCAGCGUGGAAUGCUUCGAUCUUGCUCAAUCCAACAGUGAGCAUAGUCGACAUUGGUUUUUUAAAGGGGAAAUGAUUGUUGAUGGAGUUCCCCACCAAAAAUCUCUAAUUGACAUGAUUAUGGACACUCAAAAGACUACAAACCAGAACAACGUCAUUCAAUUUAGCGACAACAGCAGCGCUAUAAUUGGCUAUAAUGUUAAAAAUAUGCUUCCGAACGAGGUGGUAGAGCCAAGUGCUUUCCACAUUAAGCCUGGCACGCGUCAUAUCAUUUUCACGGCAGAAACGCACAAUUUCCCAACCGGUGUUGCACCCUUUAGUGGAGCCACAACCGGAACUGGGGGGAGACUCAGGGAUGUUCAAGCCGUGGGUCGUGGGGGGUAUGUGAUCGCAGGUACGGCUGGCUACUCGUUUGGCUCCUUACUGAUCCCGGACUACGAACUUCCAUGGGAAGAAAAGAACCUGGAUUAUCCGAGCAACUUUGCACCUCCUGUGGAAAUCGCUAUUGAGGCGAGUAAUGGUGCCAGUGAUUAUGGAAAUAAGUUUGGGGAGCCAGUCAUCUCAGGAUUUGCGCGAUCCUUUGGAAUGGUUAUUGACCAAAGUUCCAAGGAAAGGAGAGAGUAUAUUAAACCCAUCAUGUUCAGCGGUGGGAUUGGUUCCAUGGAUGACAAUAUGAUUGAUAAGCUGAAGCCAGAGCCGGGCAUGCAAGUUGUCAAGUUGGGAGGUCCAAUCUAUAGGAUUGGAGUUGGUGGGGGAUCUGCAAGUUCCGUUCAAGUCCAAGGAGAUAAUAAGGCUGAGUUGGACUUUGAUGCUGUUCAGCGUGGUGAUGCAGAAAUGGAGCAAAAGUUGAACCGUGUCAUUCGAUCUUGCUUGGAGCUAGGAGAGAAAAAUCCUAUUUGCAGCAUUCAUGAUCAAGGAGCAGGCGGAAAUGGAAAUGUCCUAAAGGAGCUUGUGGAGCCAAAUGGAGCUGUCAUAUUUACCAAAAAGUUCCAACUCGGAGAUCCAACAAUCAACACGUUGGAACUUUGGGGAGCCGAAUAUCAAGAAAGUGAUGCUAUCUUAUGUCGAACGGAAGAUGCAAGUCUUCUACAGCAAAUUGCAGACAGAGAGAGAUGUCCAGUUAAUUUUGUGGGAACGGUUACCGGAGAUGGGAAAGUGGUGCUGACGGAAAUUCCUGUCCAGCCAUCGGGCUCUGUUCAAGUCUCUGCAGAAGAAUUGGCUGCCAUUCAAAAGCGUCCAAAUCCCGUUAAUCUCGACUUGGAGUUCGUUUUGGGGAAAAUGCCUCGUAAGGUGUUUAAAAUGGAGAAAUACAAGGUCAACCUUCGCCCAUUAGUUCUACCCAAAGGUCUCACAGUGGCUGAUGCGUUGAAACGUGUACUCCGUCUUCCAUCGGUGGCAAGUAAACGGUAUUUGACCAACAAAGUGGAUCGCUCCGUUUCUGGCCUAGUGGCGCAACAACAAUGCGUUGGACCACUGCAUACCCCGUUGGCAGACGUGGCUGUUAUUGCAUUGUCACAUUUCGAAAAAACUGGAUCUGCAACUUCAAUUGGGGAACAACCAAUUAAAGGCCUUCUCUGUCCAGCAGCCGGUGCAAGAAUGACUGUCGCAGAGGCACUGUCCAACCUUGUGUUCGCCCCAAUUUCAGAUUUGAAGGACGUGAAAUGUAGUGGGAACUGGAUGUGGGCUGCCAAACUUCCAGGUGAAGGGGCUGCAUUGUUGGAAGCUUGUGAAGCAAUGUGCAAUGUGAUGCAACAAUUGGGAAUUGCUGUUGAUGGAGGAAAGGAUUCAUUGUCCAUGGCUGCCAGAGUAGGAACGGAUACAGUGAAAGCUCCCGGAACUCUUGUCAUUUCUACGUAUGCACCCUGUCCCAAUAUCACCAAAGUUGUCACCCCGGACCUUAAAGCUCCUUCGGCUGGAAAAGAAAGUCUGCUUCUCUUUGUGGACUUGUCAGGAGGAAAGAGUCGAUUGGGUGGAACAUCUUUGGCCCAAUGUUACAAACAACUUGGUGACACCGUUCCAGAUUUAGAAGACCCUGCCAUCUUGGUCAAUGCUUUCAACACGACACAAGCAUUGAUUACUGACGGAUAUGUACUCUCUGGUCAUGACGUUAGUGACGGAGGUUUGGUCACUUGUCUACUUGAGAUGGCAUUCGGAGGUCACUGUGGUCUUCGUGCCGACAUUACACACCGUGAGUCAGAUUGUCCUCUUGAAGUCCUAUUUUCCGAAGAGGUUGGAUGGGUGCUGGAAGUUGAUGGAACUCACGUCGAGAAAGUGCUUUCUCCCUUCAAGAAAGCCAAAGUCCCAGUUUACCCCAUCGGUGUGUCGUCCGGCUACGGUCCUGCUUCUCGCAUUGAGAUAAGCGUUAACGGGAAAAUGGAGGUGGAAUCCUUAAUGGUCGACCUGUACCAAUUGUGGGAGGAGACGAGCUGGCAACUCGAAAAGCGACAAGCGAACCCAGUUUGUGUCACUCAAGAGUAUCAAUCUCUGAGGACAAGACACGUUCCAAACUACAAGUUUACCUUUGAUCCAAACGUUAUCAAAAUAUCGACUGCUUUGACACAAGUGAAUGCACCAAAUGUGGCCGUGAUUCGAGAAGAAGGGUCCAACGGAGACAGAGAAAUGAUUGCCUCCUUGUACAUGGCUGGCUUCCAAGUAUGGGAUGUAACCAUGCAGGAUAUCGUUACUCGAAAAAUUACUCUGGAUAAAUUCAGAGGGAUCGUAUUCCCUGGUGGAUUCAGUUACGCAGACGUUCUCGGAUCUGCUAAAGGUUGGGCAGCCAGCUUUCUCUUUGAUCAAUCCACCAAAGACCAGCUUGCUCAUUUCCGUGCUCGCAAGGAUACAUUCAGUUUAGGAGUUUGUAAUGGGUGUCAGCUUCUCGCUCUUCUGCAAUGGAUCGGUCUCAACUCCAAGACUGAUGUUGUUGGUGAUGACCAUGGAGUCCCAUCAGUCCCAGAUGUCUUCCUGGACCACAAUCAAUCAGACCGAUAUGAGAGUCGUUUCUCAACUGUGAAGAUUGAAAAGUCCAACUCAAUCAUGCUGAAAGGAAUGGAGGGAAGCGUGCUGGGAGCUUGGAUUGCACAUGCAGAGGGACGUUUCAACUAUAAAAACCUCUCAGUAUAUACGGAACUGGAUAAGUCCAAUUGCAUUGCUCUGAGAUAUGUUGAUGAUUCCAUGAAACCUACUGAAGAAUAUCCCAUGAAUCCAAAUGGCAGCAAAUAUGGAGUCGCCGGGGUUUGUUCCACGGAUGGGAGACACUUGGCCAUGAUGCCUCAUCCCGAACGUUGUGUCCUUCCUUGGCAAUGGCCCUGGAUCUCACAGAACCUCAAGGGACAGAUGAAACAAGCCACUCCUUGGCUGCAAAUGUUCGUCAAUGCUAAAAAUUGGUGCACCUCUUCCAACUAAUAGUGACUGCAACUUCGAAUAUAGUCUAAUUGAUACAUGACAAUAAAAUCAUUUAGCUGCAGUAGUUAUUUGAGAGCAGUAAAUCAAUCCGAUCAAUUUGCAUUCCUUAAUCGAAAUAAAUUGACAAUCUUUUUCCAUAA